GUUAGUAUCAUUUACUUCAACUUUAUAGCUCUUCGCUCUUUCUCACCGCCAAGACCGCUCUGUUUGCUUUCCUACAUUUAUACGUCUUUCUUCUCCUUGUCCACUUAGAAUUUCAGAUCGAAUCUUUCCUACUAAACCCACGAUAAAUUUUGAGUCUUUAUCUCUCCUCUAUCAGCUGAAACUGAACUAGGCUGUGUUUUUUUGUCAGAAUCAAAAUGCUGAAUCUUGGCAGACCAAGAAUCGGGAGGCAAAACAGAUCUAUGUCUUUUGAAGGAUUGGAUUUUGCAGACCCAAAGAAGAGCAACAAUUACAUGGGGAAGAUUGUUUUGGCCAUGACACUUACAGCAAUGUGCAUUCUCUUGCUCAAGCAAUCCCCUACCUUCAAUACCCCAAGCGUGUUCUCUCAACAUGAACCAGGAGUUACCCAUGUUCUUGUCACUGGUGGUGCUGGAUACAUCGGGUCACAUGCAGCUUUACGCCUUCUAAAAGACUCAUACCGAGUCACCAUUGUGGACAAUCUGUCUAGAGGGAACCUAGGUGCGGUUAAGAUCUUGCAAGAACUGUUUCCGGAACCUGGAAGGCUUCAAUUCAUAUAUGCUGAUCUUGGAGAUACAAAUGCGGUUAACAAAAUAUUUUCUGAAAACGCAUUUGACGCUGUGAUGCAUUUUGCUGCUGUUGCUUAUGUUGGAGAAAGCACACAAUUUCCUCUUAAGUAUUAUCACAAUAUCACAUCAAACACGUUGGUAGUACUAGAGACGAUGGCUGCUCACGGUGUGAAGACUCUGAUAUAUUCAAGCACAUGUGCUACGUAUGGAGAGCCUGAGAAGAUGCCAAUAACAGAGGAAACUCCUCAGGUCCCAAUCAAUCCAUAUGGAAAGGCUAAGAAGAUGGCAGAAGAUAUCAUCUUGGAUUUUUCCAAAAAUUCCAAUAUGGCGGUUAUGAUCCUGAGAUAUUUCAAUGUGAUUGGGUCUGAUCCUGAGGGAAGACUGGGUGAAGCUCCAAGACCUGAACUCAGAGAGCAUGGAAGGAUCUCUGGUGCUUGCUUUGAUGCUGCACGAGGCAUCACUCCCGGGCUGCAGAUUAAAGGAACAGACUACAAGACUGUGGAUGGAACUUGCGUACGUGAUUACAUUGAUGUCACAGACUUGGUUGAUGCCCAUGUAAAAGCUCUUGAAAAGGCGAAACCCCGCAAAGUUGGGAUCUAUAAUGUUGGUACCGGGAAAGGGAGCUCAGUUAAGGAGUUUGUGGAAGCGUGUAAAAAAGCGACCGGGGUUGAUAUAAAAGUCGAUUUCUUGGAAAGACGAGCAGGAGAUUACGCAGAGGUUUACAGUGAUCCAAGCAAGAUUAGAGAAGAGCUGAAUUGGACAGCCAGGCACACAAAUCUUCAUGAGAGUUUGGAGACGGCAUGGAGAUGGCAAAAGCUUCAUCGCACUGGCUAUGCAUCUUUUUCCUUGGUUUCUGCAUACUGACCUUUCUGCAUUUGCUUGUAAUAAUUACUCGUCAAGGAGUCCUUCACUGGUAGAUGAUAGCUAUAGAGAUUAGAGUCUCAAUUCUAGGUGGUAGUAAAGGUAGUAGAAGCUUGUGUGUUCUAGUUUAUUAUUAGUAAUCUAGUAUUCAUAACCAUAUAUAAGAGAUUAUAUAUGAGAUUAUUGAUUAAUAAUAUAAUCUAUAUCAAUCACAUUUUAUUGUGAUUGAGUUUUAUCAAAAUCCUGAAGGGAAAACAGACAUAUUUUAGUU